AUGCGCUAAACAAACAAAAUCCGAAAACGACCAAAAUCCAAUCUGAAUCAAAAGGGCAGUGGGAUUUAGCCCAGAGCCAGGACAGAUGUUGCUGUUCCCUUAUGAACGGCAAAAUAGUGAACAUGGCCCGCAGCCAAUGGUUACUGAUGGUCCGAGUAGAGGAAAUCACUGUUGAAGCACCGAAGUAGCGAGACGCAAAGAAAUAUUAAGCAAAUUAUGAACAGCAGCGCGAUUGUGGGGCAAUAAAAUUGGCCAUAAAAACACAGUUCACACCGCGCGGCGAACAAUAAAAGCGGAAAACUAAUAUUUGACUAACUGCCAGCGGCGUCGUUCGAAAGUAAAAUUGCGAACAUUUGCAGAAAGUCGCUGGCUAGCACUACCCAAGGAAAAAUCCGCACGUUUGCACUCGUUGCGUAUACGCAGUGUUGGCAGUUUUGCAUUUUUCCGGGAGGUGUUAAAUGCGCUCGCUAGUCCCAGCUGGAGCGGCAGCUCCACCGACCACAGUCCCCCGCGGAUCCGCCGCUGGAAAGUGCCAGUGAAAGCCAGUGAAAGUACCAGGCUGCGCACUAUUUCCGCGUAACUGAACAUUAUCGCGCUCGCUCCCUCGCGGGAGGGGAUGCGCUCCUGGACAAGUCGCAGUCGCUCCGAAAUGCAAUCACUCGAAACGAGAACGCGGCCCCUGCAGGGCGCUCAGCUCACCCAGCUGCUCAGCCAGCUGCUCCUCGGUGGCAUCCUCUGCCUCACAAUCGCAUCGCACUCACAGACGUCGGCGGAGGCGGCAGGCGGGAGGGCAUCUGGACCCGGAGCAGGAACAUCAGAGGGAGCAGGAACCUCGUCCUCAUCGUCAUCGGCAGCCUCCACGGCCAUCAGCUCCGAUGAGAGCGGCGACCCAUCAUCGGCGACCGCGUUCUCCAGCUUGGCUCAAGUGUCCUCGCUGCUGCCGGAGGCAUCCGCAUUGUCGGCGACAUCGGGACUCGUGGAGCCCUAUCUGGAUGGCUAUGCCACUUCCAAUGUGACCACUCAGAUCGGGACACACGCGUAUCUGCCCUGUCGGGUCAAACAGCUGGGCAACAAAUCUGUGUCCUGGAUUCGUCUGCGAGAUGGACACAUCUUGACCGUUGACAGGGCCGUCUUCAUAGCCGACCAGCGAUUCCUGGCCAUCAAGCAGCCGGACAAGUACUGGACCCUGCAAAUCAAGUACGUCCAGGCCCGGGAUGCCGGCUCCUACGAGUGCCAGGUCUCCACGGAGCCCAAAGUCAGCGCCCGUGUCCAGCUGCAAGUUGUGGUUCCCCGCACGGAGAUCCUGGGAGAGCCGGACCGCUACGUGAAGGCGGGCAGCAACGUGGUCCUCCGCUGCAUUGUGCGCGGCGCCUUGGAGCCGCCCACGUUCAUCAUGUGGUACCACGGCGCCGAGCAGCUGGCGGCCGACUCCCGCCGCCACCGCACGCAACUGGAUCCGAACCUGCCGGAGGCCUCCGGCGAAGGUCAGAGCACGAUUGGCUCAUUAAUCAUCGAGUCGGCCAAGAAGCGCGAUACUGGCAAUUACACAUGUAGCCCGUCGAAUAGCCCCAGUGCGACCGUAACGCUGAACAUAAUAAAUGGCGAAUCGUCGGCUUCGGCGGUCACCUCCUCGGCAGCCACCACCCGGGCCUACGCCCUCAGCAUCCUGGCGCUCCUGCUCAGCGUCAUCCUCAUCGGAGUGGGCCACCACACAUGACAUGUCACUGCCAGCAAGCCAAACUGAAUGGCCGAAGCAAUAGCAGCUACUAGACAGUGAGAAGAUGGGAAGCCCAACACUCUGCCAACGUAAAAG